AUGGCGCCCAAGAAGAAGGAAGAGUUCGCGCCUAUGGUCAACUGGGUCUACGAUGUUGUGUUAUGGUCCUUUUCGGUUCUUGUUGACCUAUUCUUCAGAGAAGUACACCCUCGGGGUGCUUUUCGGAUUCCGAAGAGAGGUCCUAUAAUAUUUGUCGCCGCUCCCCAUGCAAACCAGUUUGUUGAUCCUCUCAUUCUUAUGCGAGCUGUCCGGCUCGAAUCACGACGCCGUAUCGCUUUUCUUGUUGCCGAAAAAUCCAUGCGCCGCAAGUUUAUCGGUUGGCUUUCUCGUUGUGUCGGCGCUGUUCCCGUAUCACGCUCUCAGGACUUAGCGAAGGCCGGGCAGGGUCGCAUUUAUCUCCCGGAUGCUGAAGGCCAGCCUCUUAAGAUUCGUGGUGUUGGGACAAAGUUUACUACGGAAGUUACCCCCGGCGGUUCAUUGACAUUGCCGUCCGUCCCGGGGCAGGCAGGCGCUAGCACCGAUGUUGCAGAAAUCUUAAGUGAUACCGAGAUAAUACUUAAGAAACCUUUCAAGGGUGAUGUGGCUUUACGACAAUUGCAGCAGGAGUCUGAUGAGGGGAAGGGAACUAAAUAUAAGGUUGCACCGAAGGUCGAUCAGACUGAGGUAUACGAUGCUGUAUUUCACAGAUUGAACUCUGGGGGUUGCGUAGGCAUCUUUCCGGAGGGUGGUAGUCACGACAGAACGGAAUUGUUGCCUCUGAAAGCUGGUGUGGCUAUCAUGGCUCUCGGUGCUCUUUCUGCAAAUCCAAACUGUGGCCUUAAAAUCGUGCCAACAGGAAUGAAUUAUUUCCAUGCGCAUAAAUUUCGGUCACGAGCCGUUAUCGAAUUUGGAGCACCUAUCGAUGUCCCGAAAGAGCUUGUGGAACAAUAUUCGAGAGGAGAGAAACGUGAGGCUGUCAGGGCCCUUUUGGAAAUGAUUUACAACGGAUUGGUAUCAGUUACUGUCCCCUCACCGGAUUACGAUACACUCAUGGCUAUCCAAGCUGCAAGGAGACUGUAUAAGCCUACCAACAAGAAAUUGCCCCUUCCAAUGGUAGUUGAAUUGAAUAGAAGAUUGGUAACUGGAUACACUCACUACAAGGAUGACCCCCGUAUAAUACAUCUCCGAGAAUCGGUUACCGAGUACAAUCGCCAACUCCGCCUUCUUGGUCUUCGAGAUCACCAAGUGGAGUAUGCCAAGUUCUCGGUAUUCCGGGUGGUUUUUACUUUAAUCUACCGCAUUGGUAAACUAGUAGUACUCGCUCUUGGCGCUCUCCCAGGAUUUAUUCUCUUCGGGCCGGUUUUUAUAGCUACAAAGAUUAUCUCCCGAAGGAAGGCAGUAGAAGCUCUUAAGGCUUCUACUGUUAAGGUCCAAGGAAAAGAUGUCAUGGCUUCUUGGAAGCUUCUUGUUGCCUUGGCUUUUGCCCCGGUUCUAUACAACUUUUACGUUGUUAUCCUUUGCUAUUGGACCUACAGCCAUAGAGUAUUUGGUUUAAUGCCGGAUUGGGUGCCGAUUAUUUUUGUUGCGAUAUUUGGGUGGAUUCUAUUCCCUACAAUCACCUUUGCCGCACUAAGAUUUGGUGAGAUUGGGAUGGACAUCUUUAAGUCUCUUCGACCGCUAGUCUUAUCUCUGAACCCUACAUCUGCCAACACCAUUGUUAAACUCCGCCAAAGGCGCGCAAAGCUUUCGAUUGAAGUUACAGACUUAAUCAAUACCCUUGGCCCUGAGCUUUUCCCUGACUUCAACUCUGCACGUAUUGUCGAAGAUCCCUUCCACAAGGAUAGCAAUAUACCACCAAUCACUAUUGGACGUCGCGAUUCAGAAGUUUCCUCAGAUGGAUUCUCGCCUGUAUCCGAACACGGGCAAAGCUCGGGAUUUGGAUGGUCUGGUAAUAACUUGCCGCGAAACGAGAGUUUCGCUAAUUUGGGAAGUAUUGGUUUAUUCGCUAGUCGACCGGCUAGUCGAGCUAGAAGUCGAAGCAACAGCGGAGGCUUUCCUAUCAAGGCAUUUAGUCAAGUAGACGAGAGUGCCGGCCAGGCGGAGUUUGAGGAGGUUAGUCGAAGAAUUAGCACGGCAAUGGCUGAACGCCGAAGGGAAAGGAGCCGCAGAAGAAGUGGGUCACGGGGCUGGAUAGUGGAAGGUGAAGGUGAGGGGGAAGAGGAAGAGGAGGUGAUGGAAAUGGAGAGCACUAGUGCUAGCGAGGAAGAAGCUGCCGCGGAGGGAAAGAAAUCUAUUUAA